UAUUUAAAAAUCCUUCGAAAUUACAGGAAAUUCAAAAGAAGAAGGCGGGACUUUCUCUUCUUCUGAAAAAAAUUGACUACUCGACCUACUUCCACAUCUCCGACGAAAUUCUUCUCUAAAACUGUAAUUUCAGUUCAAUUGUAGCGGCGCUUUCCGUGGAUGAAGAAAUCUCGGUGCCGAACCGGGUUUUUUUCUCUUCAAAAUUUCAAAUCUUGAACGUUUAUGUGCUUAAUCUACUUUAGGGCGAUAAACCCAAGAAAAAUCCGUGCAAAUGGCGAAACGUAGAGCCAAAAAAACUGUUAAAGAAGUUCCAGCAUCAGCUGAAUGCGAAGUAGAAAGAAAUGACAAAAAGGAGGACCAAAAUGAGGAGAAUAUAUCCGGAUUAAUCUAUCAGGAAGUUGAGCGGCAAUGUGCUGCAAUUAGGGCUGUUCGUGAUGUAGAGAUUGAACAUAUGCUGACUGCUUUGCGAUUAUUACGCUCAUACUUCAGCGAAGAGCAGCUUCAAACACCUGCAUUGCAAUUUUUUAAUGAAAAUCUCCCAAAUCUAUCAAUAGUAAGAAAUGCAGAAAAUGGACAGUUCGAAGUGCAAUGGAAACACGAGGAUGGCAACAUCUCCAUUCACGGUGCUGAUGGAAGAGAUGUACACGCUUCUCUUUUACAUCGUAUGUCCUUAGUUUAUGCAAACCGCCCUUCCAUUCCAUCAUUCAGUGGCUUUGAGUUUUCAACUGAAGCAGCCAGAAAGAGCCUUCUACGGGUUGACAGUCAACAAAUCAAGGACUUUGUUUUGGAGGGAACAUCUGAGAGUCAGAUGUUUGGAAUGCAUGAUGGUCUUCAAACUCCUGGGGUGACCAGCCAAAGGUUAUCAAUUGGAAUGACACCCAAAACAAAGAGGUUGCCUAAGCCUGGGGAGAUUCUUCUUUCAGUCCACGGAUCACCCCUUGGUGUCUACAAAGAGGAAAAUAUGGAAGCCAUACAUGAGUCUGAGGAGGGGUGAUUGACUUUAAAUCGAUGCCACAAUGGCCAGAAAUUUCUGUAUGCCCUGGAAUCAUCCUACGACUGGUUAUUAUUGUAAUACACUGUGAUAUCUUGAAGAUGACCCUGCUUCUGAAUUAUAAAUUAGGAUGUGUUGUUACUUCUCGAAUUUGACUCAGUUGUUUGACUCAAAUUCUAGUAUAUUGAUGCUUAACUCGAGGAAACUCAUUAGCUUAAUCAAGCUUUUAAUAUUUAAUAUAAAUAAUUUUAUUUUUUCUGGUUA